ACUAUUUUGGCGUACUGCGGAAGUGGCUUGGGUAAAAAAAUAAGUGUCUCGUUGCUGAGCUAGCUUUCCUGUUUCUAGACAAUCUUUGGCUUCAUCGCCUUCUCUCUGUGUCAACAAUAUAGAGAUGAACAACAACCAGUGACAGUUAGCUGCUAAACGACUUACCGGACGCGUGUGUGUCCUGCCUGUCUGAGUGAACACGUGAAGGAGUGCUGUGUGGACACAGCUGCAGCUUCAGAGAUGGACACAUAAACCCCCCUGAUGGAGAGGAAGAGGAAGAGCUGUGGGGAUGACGGUGGUGGAGAGCGAGGCCUUCUCCACACCUGGAAGGGCUACUCCUGCAGCGUCACCCCAGAAAGGCUGCUCCUCCCCGGGCCGGUCCUUCAGGUCGCCCUGGGCACGCGACACGGUGUUCUGCUGGUGGAAGGAGGGCAGGUGUACAGUUUUGGGGAGUUGCCAUGGAAGCAGAGUCAUACGCCCGAGCCGGCGAAACCCACCUUGGAGAGCGCGCUCAGUGGCCAGCGGGUGGUCGCCGUUGCAGCUGGAAGUUUCCACAGCGGGGCCGUGACAGAAGACGGUGGCGUCCACAUGUGGGGGGACAACAGCUCGGGACAGUGCGGCUUGUCGGGCCUCAGCACCGUCCCCAACCCGACUCCAGUCGCUCUGGUGGACUGCGACACCAGCCCCCCGCAGACGGUCCCGGUGCUGGAGCUGGCCUGCGGGGAGCAGCACACACUGGCGCUGUCGGUCCAGCGGGAGGUGUGGGCGUGGGGCAGCGGUUGCCAGCUGGGCCUCAACGUCACCGUCUUCCCUGUCUGGAAACCACAAAAGGUUGAACACUUGGCGGGCAGGUGUGUAUUACAGGUGGCCUGCGGGGCGUCACACAGCCUGGCUCUGGUGCGCUGCCUGGGCCCUCAGGACAUCCACCGGCCCCCCGUAGACAAAUGCAGACAGUGUAACCAGUUGCUGUACACCAUGACGGACAAAGAGGACCACGUCAUCAUCUCUGACGGUCACUACUGCCCCCUCGGGGUGGAGCUGACUGAGGAUGACGGCAGUCUGGAGGCGCCCGCUCUGACACAAGGGCUCAAAACCUCCCCGUCCGAGCCAGUCCUCCCUUCACAUACCUCCACCUCAAACUCCCCAGCACCGGCUGACUCCUUCUCUGACCCCACUCAGGACUUGGAGAGCGAGGAAUCAGCCUUGUCUAACGGAGCGCAGCCGGCCUCGGACUCUGACCCCUCGGCUCAGUCAGGUGAUCAGGUUUUGGGGGUCAAGAGUUCACUCUAUCCAGAUGAGCAGGCCGUCAAAGAAUACCUGAAGAAGCUGUCCGACAACACGCAGUCUGAGCAGACGUCUAAGGCCUCAGCAGCGGGGCUGACCUCCUCGUCCAGCUCCACGCUCAACAGCCUGGUGGCCUCCUGCGCCUCCGCAGUGGGCGAACGGGUCGCUUCCACCUACGAGGCCUUGUCCCUAAAAAAGAUGAUGACCUACCUGCCCUCAGGAGUGGCGAGGUCAGGCGGGCCGGUGGGGCUCAUGGGUGUCGUUGGCGACAACACUGCAGAGCGCGUCCGCCAGGAGGACUCCAUGCAGGCCAAGAAGAGCUCCAGCACAGGGGACAUCCGCGAGGAGGAGGCCGAGGGUCUGCGGCGCCGCCUCUCGCUGCCAGGACUCCUCUCUCAGGGUAGAUACGCUGUUCACGUCUUAUCCUCCUCCUAUACCCUGCUGCUGUCCCCGCGGCUGCUGAGGAAAGGCGGGCGUCCGAGGAUGCGUGCAGUCGCCCUCACCCCGCUGGGAGGGGCAGUCCCCGAGGCCCAGGAGGUGUUUCCCACCCUGCAGACGGAGGUGUGGAGCUGGGGCCACGGCGAGGACGGACAGCUGGGACAUGGAGACAGUCUGGCCAGAUUACAGCCGCUGUGCAUCAAGAGUCUGAACAAUAAGGAGGUGGUGCGCGUGGCGGCCGGCGCUCAUCAUUCCCUCGCUCUGUCUGCUCAGUCUCAGGUGUUUUCAUGGGGAAGUAACAGCUCUGGUCAGCUUGGACACAUGGAGUCGCCCAGCACUGUCCCCCGCCUCGCAAAGCUGUCAGAGGGGAUCCGGGUCUGGGACAUCAGCGCUGGAGAGAGACACACCCUCCUGCUCGCAGACGGAGACUGCUUCCGGCCCAUCAUUUAUUACAGCGGACAGCAGGUGAAAGAGGAGGCGGAGGAGAGCCUCGCCAAGGAGCCGGGUCAACAGGAGGAAGGGGAGGAAGAGGAGGAGCAGCAGGCGGGGGGCUACACCCAGCAGCCUGUACUGCUACCCUUCUGCAUGGACCUCGGGUACGUCAACAACGUGUUUGCGGGCGGCCAGCGGUGCGUGGCUCUCCUGGACAGGAACGUGAUGGGCUUCAUCGCCAGCCUCCACGAGCUGGCCUCAGCCGAGAGGAAGUUCUACUGCAAGCUGUGUAACAUCAAGACGCAGAUAAUACGCCCCCUGCUGGAGCUGGAGUCUCUGAGCUCGACCCUCGGCCCGGUGGCCGUCGGGCUCCUGCAGAUUCUGGCCGGACGGUUCAGCCUCUUGUGUCACCUAACGGGGCAGCACGCCGCCAGCCUCACCGCUAACCUGCGGCGCGUCCGAGAUAUCAAGAGCCUGCUGGUCCUCGAACACACCGGCAUCUUCCUCGACUCUUACUACGAGUACUGCUGCGCUGUAGGAAACUUCCAGGUGAUGGGAGGUUUCCAGACCCUAACCAAACCCUCACUAGACUUCUUUGGGAAGAGUCCCGAGCUGCUUAAGAAGCUGUCGGAGUGCAGCGAGGAGAACCCCACCAUGGCCGACCUCCUGGUGGCGCUCUUCUACCUCCCAACUCGCCACCUUCACGAAUACGGCCGGCUGCUGCUCAAACUGGCCACCUGCUUUGAAGUGAGCUCCGAUGACUACCAGAGGCUGCAGGACGGCUGCUCCAAGUUCGAAGCGUUGGUCCUCCAGCUGAAGAGGAAACGGAAGGACGCCGACUACACCUUCCACUUCUGGAAGAGCUUCCCUGGCAAAAUGACGGACUCUCUGCGGAAGCCUCAACGCCGGCUGAUCUGCGAGAGCAGCAACAAAGCUCUGACGCUGCAGAACGCCGGGAGGUUCUCCGUCAACUGGUUCAUCGUUUUCAACGACGCUUUGGUCCACGCGCAGUUCUCCACCCAUCAUGUAUUCCCCUUGUCCACACUGUGGGUGGAGCCGAUCCCAGAAGAGAACUCCGGCCUGUAUGGAUUAAAGGUGAUCACACCAGAGGAGACGUUCGCCCUGCUGGCCUCGUCUCCCAUGGAGAAGACCAAGUGGCUUCGCUCCAUCAACCAGGCGGUGGAGCAGGCCCUGAGCGGGGCGGGGCAGGACACCGCAUCGGUCGGCUCGGAGUCGGGUCAAAAGCCGGAGCCUCCCGUCUCCAGAACGGCCUCUUACUCCUUUUAUAAGGACGGACGGCUGAAAGAGGCGAAGUACGACGGACGCUGGCUCGCCGGGAAGCCCAACGGCAGCGGCGUGUUAAAAUGGCCUGAUGGGAGAAUAUACACCGGGGCGUUCAAGGACGGGCUGGAAGAUGGCUUUGGUGAAUUUGUGGCUCCCAAUAAGACGCUCAACAAGAACGAUGAAUAUCAAGGUCACUGGAAAGAUGGCAAGAUGCACGGCCUUGGGGCAUACAGGUAUGCCAGCGGCGAGGUUUACGACGGAUCCUUCCAGGACAGCAUGCGACACGGCCACGGCGUGCUGCGCAGUGGCAAGCUCAACACCUCCUGCCCCAGCGUCUUCAUCGGCCAGUGGCUGCAGGACAAGAAGACCGGCUAUGGAGUCUUCGAUGAUAUCACAAAAGGGGAGAAGUACAUGGGCAUGUGGCAGGAUCACCUGCGGCAGGGCACCGGCGUCGUCGUCACUCAGUUUGGCCUUUAUUACGAAGGAGCCUUCAAAGAUAAUAAGAUGAUGGGAGCCGGGAUCCUCCUCUCCGAGGACGACACCACGUACGAGGGGGAAUUCUCUGACGACUGGACCCUCAGUGGAAAGGGCGUGCUCACGAUGGCAAACGGUGACUACCUGGAGGGCUCCUUCAGUGGGGAAUGGGGCUCUGGCCUCAAAGUGACCGGCUCCUACUUCAAACCACAGCUGUUCGACACCGACAAGGACAAGACCCGCACUGUGAAGCUGGGGCGUCUGUGUGUGUGCGCGGAGGACAAGUGGCAGGCGGUGUUUGAGGAGUGCUGGAGUCAGCUGGACUGUGAGGCGCCGGGUCGAGGAGAGAACUUGAAGGCGUGGGAGAAUAUCGCCGUGGCCCUCGCCACCAGCCGGCAACAGAUCGAGGACAGUCCGGAGAUGUUGUCUCGAAGUCACAGCAGAACCCUGGACAGUCUGGAGGUCAUCCCACAGCACGAAGGACCGAUCACCAUGGAGAGAUAUCACGCCAUCCGCCUCUACCUCAUACAGGCGUGUGACACCCCCCUCCACCCGCUGGGCCGGCUGGUGGAGACCCUGGUGGCGGUCUACAGGAUGACCUACGUGGGCGUUGGAGCGAACCGUCGGCUGCUGCCUCAGGCUGUCAACGAGAUCAAGUCUUACCUCAACCGCAUCUUCCACAUCGUCAGGUUUCUUUUCCCAGACCUGCCAGAAGAGGGCGGUCUCAUUCCAGAGCCGACCACCUUGCAGGACAAGAAGGAGCCAGGCUCGAGCGACGCCCCGCUAGAGUCACCUAAACCUGGUCGUGUGGUGAGCAGCUCGGCUCUGCUGCUGCCCGUCCUGCUUCCUCGUCUCUACCCGCCGCUCUUCACCCUCUACGCUCUGGACAAGGAGAAGGAGGACGACGUCUACUGGGAGUGUGUCCUCCGCCUCAACAAGCAGCCCGACCUGGCGCUCCUCGCCUUCCUGGGUGUUCAGCAGAAGUUUUGGCCUGUUUCCAUCCCCACCUCUUUGCCUGCACUGGGGGAGAAGCAGCAGGUUCUCUCCAGCACCAAGGACGCCUGCUUCGCCUCGGCAGUGGAAACUCUCCAACAGAUCAGCACAACAUUCACCCCGUCAGACAAGCUGCAGGUGAUCCAGCUCACCUUUGAGGAGAUCACGCAGGAGGUUCAGUCGCUGCUGAAGCAGGACUUCCUGUGGUCCAUGGACGACCUCUUCCCCGUGUUCCUCUACGUGGUGCUGCGUGCACGAAUCAGAAACUUGGGGUCAGAGGUCAGCCUGAUUGAAGACCUGAUGGACCCCUGCGUGCAGCACGGAGAGCAUGGCAUCAUGUUCACCACCCUCAAGGCUUGUUACUACCAGAUCCAGCACGAGAAGAUCACCUAAGAGACGAGUGUGGCGUCAACUUCCUGCUGUCCCAACCGACCAUCACAGCCAAUCACAGGGCCAGGAUCAGCCAGGCUUCAGGAUGACUGAUGCGAGCAGCGGCCAAUGGGAAGCGAAGGAUCAUGUGAACAGGUUGUCGACAGCUCCAUCUGCUGCUGUCAUGCAGACGGGGCCACCUCCCCCUCUCUGACACACACACACACACACACUCACACUCUUUACUGACCUCUACCAGCUUCCUGUCCACGGAUGGAUCAUGAAGGUGCACAUGUGAAUACUGCCAGAGAUGAGCCCCUUCAUGCCGUCCACAGUGAAAGACCCGCUUCCUGUGGGAGACCCUGACGUUGUUACCUGGAGAGAGAAUUUAAGCUUUAUACCACUUUCUAUUUGUGUGCCAACGGGAGCGGUUUGUUCUCUGGCGUCUCCGCCCACAGCCGGCACACUGUGAGACACCCGACCUCUUGUCCUUCCUUCAGAUUUACAUUUCGUCAGCAUGCAAAUCAACUUUUUUGCAAGACGAUCUGUCGCAGAACACGUUUUUAACCUUCAGUGUUUCACAUCAUUUGUGCUCCUGGAAAGCAUGACACUUUAUUAAACUGACAAGCCUGUAUCAUCAUCUGAGACAGCAGUGUGUUUACAGCCGGGACUUCCUCCUCCACUAACCCACAAGGUGUUUUCAAGUUCUAAAUUCAACCUAGAUAGUGGCUGAAUACUCUAACUUACAGUAAACAUAGUAAAGCAUUUGUAGGAUAAAUGAACCAUUUCAAUGCAGCUGAAAACAAACGUUUGCAUGUUUCAUUACAGGACAACAUGUUUCUUUCCUAAUGCACUCGAUGCAUGCAAUGUUGUGAACUGACAUCAAUAUAAAAGCUUUCUUUUUAGAAAGUAGAGGAGCUGCAGGUUCCACUACAGAGGUCACCUUUAUUCCCAAAGAAAUAGAAAUUGAGUUUUUGGGAGACAACAAGCUUAAAAUAACUAUAAAGAGUUUGUGUUGAUUGUUGUGUUUCUUGACAGGCUGGGAGAGAAGUCCGCACAUAUUUCAUGAAACUAACCACCACGUGAAGAUCUUAUUACACCUGUUCACUGUAAAUGCAGAAGCUAAACAUGUAGAUUACGCUUGAUUUUUGGGUUUCAGGCGAGAAACAAACACUGUUUUUAUAGAUGUGAUGUUCACAGCCGACUCUCCGAGCCAUCUGUUAACGCUCAAUGUCCUCUUUUUAAACCAUUUACACCACUAACUGUCAGACAUUGUUGCUUAUUUGUGAUUUGCGUCACAUGUCCGUUUAUAAAAGGGCUUAAGCGGGGAUUCAUAGGAGGGCCCCGCCCUUUUUCUUUUUUUUUUUGUUAAUAUCAUGGCUUUUGUUAUCUCCGAUGGUUUAACAAUAGCAAAGCCGUCAGUGGAUCAGAGGCCUCUUUUAGAAGAGGAUACAUUUAGGUGAAGCUACUGUUUUUCCCUGAAGGAUUUUCUAAAUCUAGCAACAGGAAAUGGUUUGAAUUUAAAGCUGCACGUUGUUAACUAAAAAGGUUUUUACUCUGAAAUGUUGGGAAAGCCGUAAUAUGUGCAAACAAAACGGCUUCAAACUGUUAUAAAAUGCUGUGAAUUUGGGCCUCUGGUACGUUUUGUGAUUGUGAUGAAGCUCUUCCGUCCCUGCUCAUGAGCUCUUGUUACUGCUGAGACCGUAUGUGCCUGACACUUAAAGAAGUGACGCAGUAUUGUCUUUGGAAAACAGGAGUUCAUUUGCGAAAAACAUUCCCCAGGUACAUCAUUAUUCUGUCAACCAGAGGCUUCGAAUUCAGUAUGUUCAGUAUAUUUCACUAUACCUCUGUCAUGUCCUCUAUAGUUGCUGCUGCCACUUUAAGACGAAGGAUAAAGUGGUGUUUUCAAAAGUCAACUGACUUCUAAACCAAACUACAUCUACAGAACGGGACGUUUAACGUGACGGUUAACUGACUCGCGUACAUGAAGUGUUAUUUUAAAUCAAAACUGAAUGGUUCUAAAUGUAAACUAAAGAUUUAUGUUCAUAAGCUCAUGUUGGGUUCAUGUCCUCAACACGUGUUGACUAUGAAAACGCCCCACACAGGUCAUACUGUUGCAUUGUGUUAAAAUGACUGUUUUGUCAAUGGACUUUGGUGUUUUACUCGGUGACAUUUGUGUUUGAGCUGGCUGAUGUGACUCACACCUGUGUGUCUUUUAAAUGAUGUCAAAUGUAUUGUACCUUUAAAUAAUUACAGAUGGCAAUAAACUUAUUUGAUGUACGUUGCUAACUAA